UCUCACAGUGACCAUCUUUCCACCAUAGAAAAGGACACAAAUGGAGAAACUCUAUGGGUGUGGUGUUAUCCUUCCACGACAGCCACGUUAAGGAAUCUGUUGCUGAGAAAAUGCUGCCUUACAGAUGAAAACAAACUUCUUCAUCCCUUUGUCUUUGGUCAGUACAGAAGAACAUGGUUUUAUAUCACAACAGUUGAAGUUCCAGAUUCUUCAGUUUUGAAAAAGGUGACUCAUUUUUCUAUUGUUCUGACCGCCAAAGAUUUUAACCCAGAGAAAUAUGCCGCCUUCACUAGGAUAUUGUGUAGAAUAUACCUGAAACAUGGGAGUCCAGUUAAAAUGAUGGAGAGUUAUAUUGCUGUUCUCACAAAGGGGGUAUGCCAGAGUGAAGAAAAUGGCUCUUUUCUUAGCAAGGACUUUGAUGCCCGAAAGGCAUAUCUUGCAGGCUCCAUUAAAGACAUUGUAUCUCAGUUUGGAAUGGAAACUGUUAUCUUACACACCGCACUCAUGCUAAAGAAGAGAAUUGUUGUCUAUCAUCCCAAAAUAGAAGCUGUCCAGGAGUUUACCAGGACUCUGCCCGCUCUCGUGUGGCAUCGACAGGACUGGACCAUCCUUCAUUCUUAUGUGCACCUCGAUGCCGAUGAACUGGAAGCCCUGCAGAUGUGCACGGGUUACAUCGCCGGAUUUGUCGACUUGGAAGUGAGCAAUAGACCAGACCUCUAUGAUGUGUUUGUGAAUCUGGCAGAGAGUGAGAUUACUAUUGCUCCACUUGCAAAAGAGGCCAUGACAAUGGGCAAACUGCACAAAGAAAUUGGUCAUCUAAUUGUUCAGUCUGCGGAAGAUCCAGAGAAAUCAGACAGCCAGGUUAUACAGGAUAUUGCCCUCAAAACAAGAGAAAUCUUCACCAAGCUAGCACCGUUUUCAGAAGUUUCAGAAGAUGGAGAAAAGAGAGUCCUCAAUUUUGAGGCAUUAAAGCAAAAACGAUUUCCACCAGCAACAGAAAACUUCCUUUACCAUCUAGCAGCAGCCGAACAGAUGCUGAAAAUCUGACCAGGACAGAAUGUCUCACUGAUGACUGAUAGAAAGCCCGCCUCUCCCUCUGAUUAGCCAUUAGCUAUGUAAAAUACUGAAAAUAACAGAGAAAAUGUUCUAUUUUUAAUGAUUUAUUUGAAAGUAUUGAGAUUUGACCUGAAACACAUGAAAACACUUCUGAGUUUCUUCUAGCAGAUCAGUUUCCUGCCCGCUGUCAGUGUCGGACAAAGUGCUGUCACUACUACGUGUAACAUUGUAAAACAGCCUGAUGUCCUGGAGUAAGAGAGAAAAAGCUGUCAAGUUCUUGUGCAAAUCACAGCAAAUCUUAAAGCCUUCAUUAUUAUGUUCCCAUUUAUCACCUGUGUAGCUAUAAACUAAUGGUUUAUUUUCAGAAAGCUGCCUGAAAUUCUGCUUUGUAUUCUUCUAGGAAGAACUUUAAUUCCUUAUGAGGAAAUCUACUUUCUGAGCCAAACUACUUAAGUUUUCUGCAGAACUGUCUAGAAGAUCAUUCAAAAGACCCUGCAGUUGCACUCUUUUGUAAAAGAAAAAUUUUUUUCUUGGCCUUUGAACAUUUUGCCUGUACUAUGAAGAUUUUGAUUAGAUUUUAUACUUGAGUAGACAACUUUAAUACUCCAUAUUUAUAUUGUUACAGAAGUAAGCACCUGGCAAACUUAAGCCACUAGUACUCUUCAGUUAACCCUGUUGCUAGCAAUAUUCUUUUGAAAAAGAUGCUCGUCCUUACAUGGUAAAUGAGGGGCCCACUUUGAACAUAAAUGUCUGCAGGACUGAAACAGUGACAUCAUAAUUGGUAAGGAAUUGUGAGAAUUAACUUCUUGCAGGGACCAAAGCCAGAGAAUGUCUUCAGACAACUUUAGUAAUGUAAUUUGGCCACAUAGCAAAGUAACUGUUCUCUGUUCUGUACCAUUUUCCUAAUUAGAGACCUUAUAAUUGCCAAACAAGCAUAGAGGUCUAAGAUAUACUUGUUAUUUUAGAAAUCCUACCUGGAAACAUGCUUGCAAAAAAAACUUCUUUAUACGAUCUUUUUCUCUUUUUGGUGUUAACAUUUAUUAUACAAAAAAUAAAAAAUAGCCUUUUUCUCCUCCCUCCCUAGGUGGGGGCAGGAAAAUACCUGAAA